UUUAUUUUUAUUCAAUUUUUAAUAUUUUUAACUGCUGUAAAAAAAAUUAAUUUCUCGACCAAAUGCAUUUGAAAUUGAAUUUGUGUAUCUCUAUAACAUUCAUAUGAAAUUUAAAUAACACAGCAUAAUUAUUAGUUGAUUAAUUUAUACUACUAGUUUUGCAAAGAAAUGGUUUGAGAAAAUAAUACGUCGACCGUUAAUUUCUAACAAAGAAGUCGAGAUGUCGAGAGAAUUCAGGCAGGGUUUGUUUGGCUGCUUCGGAGAUUUCCGUGUCUGCAUCAUCACCUGGUUUGUUCCUUGUUACACGGAAGGAAAGAUUGCCGAGAAGGUUGGCGAAGAUUGUUUGAUGCAAGGGUUGGUUGUCAUGGUACCUCUCCUCAACAUCUUCUGCCUCUGGAAGAUUCGAGAAAAAGUUCGUACUCAGAAAAAUAUAGAAGGUAGUGCUGUGUCCGACAUUUUAUCCGUCUGCUGUUGCAUGGAGUGCGCCCUCUGCCAGGAAGCAGUUGAAGUCGAUGCCUUAUCAAGUGGUCAGCCCAUAGCAAGAUAAUUCGUCGUUGCACGUGAUUGCUUGCGUAUCACGUGGUUGAUGAGAACUUUGAAACAUUUUUUAAAUGUUAAGCCAUCCAUUUCAUUGCCUUUUACGUGUUACAAUCUGCUACUAUUGUAUAUUUUCAUUCUAAUAAUUAUUUAUUUUGAAGUGGUUGUCAUAUUAAUCUGAGAUACUUAUUUAUAAAUUUUAUUUUUUUAUGGGAUAGUGAUGUCUGUGAACAAACACUAACGCAAACGUGAGUGGCAGGUGAUGAAAUAUGGUUGUUAGUUUAUGAAACUACCUUACAAAAAAAUUGAAUAAUAUACAUUUUUUUAAUUUUUAUAUUCGGCAUGCUGCUUAUUCAUUACUCUACGUGUACGUAGAGUUAUACUAUAGGUUUAACAAAAAUUUAUUCAAUACAACCAUCUUGUCAUUCAACUUAUUCGUUAAGAACUUUUUUUUACUCAGAUGAACUAAUCAACGAUUUUUUUUAUUUUAAAAAUUAGUUUUAUUUAAUUUAAAUUUUAAUAAUAAGUUAACAAAACAAUUUGUUCUAAGUGUAUUUUUUAUUUAAAAUAAUGUUUUUUCUUAAAACAUUUAAAUAAAAUUUAAACUGCUUUUUUAGUCUUGCAUGAAGCUUUGUUUUUUCGCUUUUAUCUGUGUGUUGAUUUUUUUAAAAUUGACCAAUUUUUGCUAAACCUAUAUAUUUGAAAUGGUUACAUCUUUAUUUUGCGAUGUUACAUUGCCGUUACAAUCAGAAAUAGUAUGAGUUUCAAAACCGUCUUGUUUAAUUGUUUUCAAAAAAAUUGUUCAAAGUGUUUUGAAAAA